GCGGUGGUGGCGGCGGCGGCGGCGUUGGGCGAUGCGGAACGGAGGCCCGGUGGCGGCAUGUUGAGGACGGAGGCGAGCGCCGCCGGUGGGGGGUCCCCCUCCGGUGGGGCGACGGGGGGCGGCGGCGGAGGGGGGUUCCGGAGUGCGUCCCCCCACCGGAAUGCCUACGAAGCCACCAUCCAGGCCCUGGCACCCACAAAGGAAGCCGACAGCGAAGACGGCAAGAAAAGCCGGGGUAAGAAGUAUGGCUCCAACGUUCACCGGAUCAAGAACAUGUUCCUGCAGAUGGGGACGGCGCCCGGCCCCGAGGGCGCCUGCGACCUGGCCAAGGCCAAGGAGAAGCCCGUCCGUCUCUCCUUGCCCCGGGCUGGUAGCCUCAGUGAGAGCAUGGACCAGGGCAACCUCCUCAAGCUGGGCACCAGUGUCUCGGAGAGGGUCAGUCGCUUCGACUCCAAACCCGACAAACCCUUCUCCAAGCUGCAGGAGACCCGUAAGAUCUUCGAGAGGAGCCCACAGGAGAAGGCUACCACCACCAAGCUCUUGCUACGUAAGGAACGAGCCGGUUUCCAGGACCGUAAGCUGGACGUGGUGGUGAGGUUCAACGGCAGCACCGAGUCCUUGGACAAGCUGGACACGGAGGCCGUCUCGCCCACCGUCAGCCAGCUCAGCGCCGUCUUUGAGAAGGCCGACCUCCGUAACAACCUCCACAAGGCGCCAGGGCGAGUGGGAGGACCACUCAACGCCAAGGUGGUGGGCAAGCGACCUCGAGUCUUCUUGCCAAGCCCCGAGGCCGGACGGUUGGGUGAUGGCCAUGCUGCCCCAGCACGAGCCAAGCCACCAGAGGAGGAGAAGACAGCGGGGAAGACCAGCCGGCCAGUGGAGAAGGAGACAGCCACCCCACGGGUGCAGGAGGUCUGCAAGAUCAAGCCAGUGGAGGUGGAGGAGAGCGGUGAGGCCGAAGAGGAGGAGGAGGAGGAAGCGACGGCAAGAGCGAGUGAACCAGUGGCUGCACCCCAACCAGCCAAGGGGGCUGAGAGUCCGGCGUCCACCGCCCCCCGGCUGGACGGGGGCUCGGCAGUGGCCAUGGGCGAGGAGGACAUCAAGGGCGAGCGGGCGGAGGAGGGCGAUGCCUACGAGGAGGCCAAGAAGGAGGACUUCUCCGAGGCAGACCUGGUGGACAUAAGUGCCUACAGUGGGCUCGGGGAGGACUCGGGGGGCAGCGGGCUGGAGGAGGAGGAGGAGGCCGAAGGGCUGUACGAGCCCGAGUCGGGUUGUGUGGAGAUCCCCGGGUUGUCCGAGGAAGAGGAGCCCGUCCCCAACCGCAAGAUCCAGUUCAGCACGGCCCCCAUCCAGGUCUUCAGCACUUACUCCAACGAAGACUACGACCGCCGCAAUGAAGACGUCGACCCCAUGGCCGCGUCGGCUGAGUACGAGCUGGAGAAGAGGGUGGAACGGCUUGACCUCUUCCCCGUGGAGCUGGAGAAAGACUCUGAAGGGCUGGGGAUCAGCAUCAUCGGCAUGGGCGCGGGGGCCGACAUGGGUCUGGAGAAGCUGGGCAUCUUCGUCAAGACGGUGACGGAGGGGGGGGCAGCCCACCGGGACGGCAGGAUCCAGGUGAACGAUCUCAUCGUGGAGGUGGAUGGCACCAGCCUGGUGGGGGUGACGCAGAGCUUCGCCGCCUCCGUCCUCAGGAACACCAAGGGACGCGUCCGGUUCCUCAUCGGCCGGGAGAAGCCGGGGGAGCAGAGCGAGGUGGCCCAGCUGAUCCAGCAGACACUGGAGCAGGAACGAUGGCAGCGGGAGAUGAUCGAGCAGCGCUACACCCAGUACACCGAGGAUGAUGAGGAGACGGGCGAGUACGCCACGGAUGAUGAGGAGGAGAUGAGCCCCAUGUUCCCCAGCAGCGAGAUGGCCAUCGAGGUGUUCGAGCUGGCCGAGAACGAGGACACGCUCUCCCCCGUGGAGAUGGACCCCGAAAAGCUGGUGCACAAGUUCAAGGAGCUCCAGAUCAAACACGCUGUCACUGAGGCCGAGAUCCAGCAGCUGAAGAGGAAGCUGCAGUGCCUGGAGCAGGAGAAGGCACGCUGGCGGGCCGAGAAGGCCCAGCUGGAGCAGAGCGUGGAGGAGAACAAGGAGCGGAUGGAGAAGCUGGAGGGGUACUGGAUGGAGGCGCAGAACCUCUGCCAGGCUGUGGACGAGCACCUCAAGGAGACGCAGGCCCAGUACCAGACCCUGGAGCGCAAGUACAGCAAGGCCAAGAGGCUCAUCAAGGAGUACCAGCAAAAGGAGAUUGAGUUCCUGAAGAAGGAGACGGCGCAGCGGCGGGUGCUGGAGGAGUCGGAGCUGGCACACAAGGAGGAGAUGGAGAAGCUGCAGGAGAAGGUGGGCACCGGCCGCCGGGACGCGGGCUGCCCCUGAGCCCCGCGGGCAACGGCCGGCCCCGGCUUUUGGCCCAGCCGUCGCCCGGCCCCCGCUCCGUCACGCCGCUGCCGCCGCCACCCCGAGGAUCGCCGCGGCCCCACGGCUUCCCGAUGAUCGGCGCUGGAUCCCAGGAUGGAUCGCAGCAGAUCCGCUCGGGCCGCUGGAUCCCACGCCGGGCGGUAGCGGAGCUGCGUGGGGGGCCGCCCCUCACCCCCCAUCUCUGGACUGAGCUCUGGCCGCCGGAUCCCGCACCGGAUUGCGUAGGGGAGGGUGGUGGAUCUGCUUUAGGCACCAGAUCCCAACUGGAUUGUGCUCUCUCUCCCACCACCGGAUCGCAGGGUGGGGGGGGGGCGGAUCUGCUGGGAUGCCAGAGUGUACCCCCAUCCUCCUGCCGGCACUGAAUCCCACACUGGGUCACAGUGGAUCUGCCUGGGGUUUGGGGUGGCGGCAGAUCCUGCUCCGGGGUCUGGCAUCCCAUCGUAGAUCAAAAAGGGAUCUUUUCUCGGGCACCGGAUCCCAGGCUGCUGGGGUGGGAUCCACCCCCCCACCCCCCGUGGUCCCCGGUCGAUCUGCACCCGGCUGCGGCGUGACGCUCCAUUCUCCCUUGGGAGCUGGAUCCCAUGCUGGUCAUGCUGGAUCCCACAGCGGCUCACACUGGAUUCCAUGCUGCCAACACUGGAUUCCGUGCCCCCUCUCCCUAUUCCCCCCCCCUUCUUCCCUGAGCUGGGGGCGGGGGGGGCAGAGCUGUGCUGGGUCAUAGCAGAUCUUCCGCGGGGUCACCGGAUUCCCUGGGAGGCUGCCGUGGGUCGCAGUGGGGGGGCUGGCACCCCACCCGGUUGGGGGGCACCAGAGGGGGUCCCCUAGCACCCAGCAGAGCCCCCCCACAUCCCCUCCCCCCCCUUAUGCCCUCCUCCAUCAC